AAAAAAAAAAAAAAACACUAUGGAAGAAGUUGCAGGUAGUGAAUCCAUCGCUGAUUUAAAAGAUAUAGAGGCUAAAAUAGGAAGAAAAACCCCGGAGGGAUUGCUCAGAUGGAUGCGGGAGGAACCAGCAUCCCGCGGGGACCGCAAGUUAAGCUGCCCAGAGAGCAGCGACUCUGAAAAGAAAGGUCUCGAUGCACAAAUCAGGAAACUCAAAGUCGAUAUGGCUCACCUGCGGGCGGUGGAUGUGAGGAUACUGCAGCAGCUGCUGACACUGCACGAGGGCAUUGAAGCCGUGAAGUGGCUCCUGGAGGAGCGCAUGCCCCUCGCCAGCCGCUGCAGCAGCCUGACCAGCAGCCAGUACAGCCUGGGCGAGGGUGCCGACACCUCCUGGAGAGGCAGCUGGAGCAGUCUGCAGGACCAGCACGACAGGCUGGACAACAUCUCUGUCGGCAGCUACCUGGACACGCUGGCCGACGACCUGGAUGAGCACUGCUCCUCCAGCGGGGCCGAGUCCGUGCUCUGCUCCACCCCUCUGGGCACGGAUACCUCUGUUCGGACGGGGGAUGGCAUCGGAGCAGAGGCGGGCGGUGCUGCAUCCGGAGCCAGGGCGUCCCAGGUGAGAGCUGACCCCCUUAAAGAGGAUGGGCCGGAUCGGACCAAAACAGCACCUGAAGCUGGGAAACCCUCGCCUGAGGUCAACCAUGACUCAGGAUCCAACAAGAGUAACGGCAGCCCAGAGAGGGCAGUACAGAACCCAGUUGCUGAAAAGGACUCCCCGAGGACCUGUGUGCCUGAGAAGCCAGAAGAGAGUGCCAGCCCUAAAGAUGACUCCAGCCUGACACUGCAAGAUAAAUGAAAUCAGAUGCCAGCAUUUAUUUUUGUGAUUGUUGUGGUUCAGAAGAGCUAUUUCCUGGGAGGUGAUGUGCCUGGCAUGAAGGUGCUUGUGUGGGAAGAGAAGAUUCUUUUUCAGGUGAAUGGAAUGGAAUGGAUGGACCUGGAAAGAGACAGGUGAAGGUUGGGUCAGUGCACUGACGGUUGAAAAUAAGUCAGCAGCAGAGAUUUGUCCUGUAAUCACAGAGAGUGAUUCAUACUUUUACAGCAUUGCAUGCUUUGAUGGAGCCUUUUCUUAAGCGCUACACAUCUACGAGCAUACGCAUGCUAGAAGUGUUGUAUUUUUCUACUAAUUACACAAAUGUGAAACACAAACUGAGUGACUCGACCACAUCUGUUUAUUAGCUAGGAGUUUUGACAGAGAGGAACCAGGAGACAGAGAUGCUGGUGUCUGCUGCUUAGUGCUGAGACGUCACGGCGGGGAGGCGGAGGCCGUGUUUCUUCAUCUGAAGGCUCAAGGCCAGUCUCUGAAGCGCAGCUCCACAGCUGCCUGCAUUUUAGGCAUACCUCUGGGUUUACAAAUGACACUUUGAAAAUAGCUCAGCCUAUUUAGUGGAACGUUUGUACCCCAUGUGUGUAACACCAACGUCACAGAAUGCUAAUUCUUUCCCGGGUAAAGGGCCAGUAUCUCCUGGGUUUAAGAAAUGCCUACGCCUCCUGCAAGCAACUUUGUCUUUAUAAGUUAACCCAACACUAGAAGAGCAAAGCACAUCCGUAGCUCAAGUCUCAAACUCCGGGCAACACAACCUGGAUACACAGAAUGACCACUGUGGAACCUCCUUAAGGAACAGCAGUCUUUAUAUUGCUCUGGUGAAUCACAGGCACAGAGCAUGACAGGAAACAAGGCAAGGGUUGAAACAGAUUAGUCAAAGCGAUGGAUCAUGGUCUACUGGAGCCCCUGGUCACUAGCGUCCUUGGAAACACCCCCUCACUGCACGCCCACCCCACUAUAGUAAAGUGCUUUAGCUUUGAGUAUAUUACUAACAGUGCUCAACAGAAAAUGCCAGAGGGGCUGGUGACAUAUAGAGUUUCUUCAUUUAUUCCACAUUGUGCCUACAAUUACUGGCUAACAUUGAACAUUACAUUACAUUAUGGUGCCUGGUGGGCUCUUUAUUCACAGUGCUAGACUGCGCUGACAGAACCUGGAGAACUCACAAAAACAAUCAAAAAACAACAACAAAAAAGAUGGACUUUUAAAAACACAAAACCCAAACCAUGUUAAAUGAACCACCAAAAAAAAAAAAGAAGAAAAAUACUGAUUAUAAAAUCAGAAUAAUCGUAUGUAUACUAUAGACUACACACACACUAUAAAUUAGAAAAAUACUAUAUAAUUAGAAAACAAUGUUGAAAUAGGGAGCUAACAACUGCAGGGACACAAUAUCUACAUGGGCCCUACGUGGCCCUAUAGGAACAGUGGCACAGCUUUGUUUUAUUGUGAUCCUUACUUAAGUCAUAUAUUACCUAAGAGUCAUGGCUUUUGACUAGAUUCACCACUGCAGAAGAUGUUUUGGUCUUUUCAAGUCAAAGCUCGAAAUGAAGAGGGAACGGAAGAUAUGAAGAAAGUCGUGGACGUGAAUGCAAAGACACAGGACAGAGAAGAGCGGGAGAAAGGAUGAGGGCCAACCCAGGUUUAGCUCUCCAACCGCACGAAAGAUGAAGAACAUCAGUGUCUAAGGUCCACCAGGAGAGAGUGGGAGAAGAGCCAGUGACUCCGUAUUCAGCUAGUGCUGACGCCCGACGUGGCAGUUCAUCUCUCAGCGUAUCCAGAGUGCAAAGCCAGGCAUCACGCACCCAGCAGAGUCCUGGAGAGAGCGCCCAGGCCAGUGCUCACCCUCGCCUGAGCACUGAGCAACUGCUCAAAGAAAACAAAUGUGUGAACAUUCUUGACAUCAUCCUCCGUUUAACUAUUGUACUUUCAUGGCAGCACAAGUCAUCCCUUUUCAUGGCAGUAAUUCUUUGCCAUUUGGAAUUGUAGAAAUCUGAGAUUGUUAAUCGCUGACAUUUAAGAGGGCCAUGACACGGUGCUUAGUCUGCCCUCGGAGGGGAACACGCCCCGUGCAGUGUGGUGAUUGCUUUUAAUAUGUGGGGUUUUUCUUGAAAGGCUGCCAAAGUUCUCCUUGGAAAGCUCCCUAAUGAGGGGUUUUUAUGGGCUUCUGCUUCAGCAACGUUUAAGAUUAUUAACGAUUACAGCAGCAAUUUUCCAGCACGUUUUUUAAAACCAGAAAUCAUCCGUUUUUCUGUCCUAGUUGUGGAUACUGAAACAGCACCAUAAAUUUGUUCAAAACCUUGGGCUGUUGGAAUGUGCAAAUGGCUGCAUGUUGUUCAGCAUCCGUUUUCCUUUCUGCUAAAAAUGCUGAGACUUGAACUGUGGCGCUACAUGGAAAAAUGUCAUGAUUCAUUUUUACUCAUAAAUAAAGACAAAUACUUCCGCUUCAGUCUAUGUAAAUUGAUUUUAUUUUGCUCUAGCUAGAAUUUUGAUCAUGACUAAAAAUUAAGUGGUUUCAACUCUGCGAAAUGUUUUUUUAAAUACAAUUAGGAUUAAUUUCUCAGACAUCCAGUCUUAGACUAAAGCACCAAUGGAGAAUCACCAUCACAAAUGAUAUUUUAUUCAAUACUUGGGCCUAAUCCAGAUCUAGAAAUUCGCUCUUCAGUGUCCCUACAUUUCACUUCACGGGUCUUAGGGAGGGAGCUGAAUUUUAAUCAUUUAAUCCUCAGAGACUUUCCAUUACUGAUCAAAUAGUGAAAACAGCACCCUCUACUGUUCAGCAACCAGAACUACAGGUUCAGGAAGCCCUAACAACAAACCAUAAUAAAACUGCGAAUGCAUCACUAUAGCCAUUAUUAAUACUCAUGUUCAAAGGUGUUCAUUUAUAUUGAUGCUUAUAUGUAAUGGUAAAGCAAACAACGUGCUGCAAAUUAUGACAAAGCUGCACUUUUAUAGUUUAAUGGUUUUAUCUUUACAAAAGAGGUAACGCUGCAGAUGUUCCUACAGACACCAUUAGAAAAAAAUCUGAAAUCAGUAUUUCAUAUAUUUAUCUAUAUAUUGAAAAGUACAAGAAAUAAUAUUAAUAAUUUUAAUAUAACAAUAGCACAGAUGACAAUGACAACUGUAAUAAAAGUGGAUCAAAAAGUGACAUUUUACGUAAAUAACAUUAAAGAAUCAGGUAACAGAAACAAAAUCAGCCAAAAGUUCCCUUCUACUGUACGUCAGACACUUACAGGAAGUGCUGUUUGUCUGAAGUUUUAUAAAAUACAUCAAAAACGCAGGAAGCAAUUUUAUUUCCUUCAAGGAAAAGUACUAUAAAAUAAGUUACAGUACAGUGAAUUUGUCUAAACUGACUUUGUUCCCGUCUUCCAGCCUUAGGUAAGCACAAAACGCUGACAUUUCACAAGUACAUUGUACAUGAAUACAAGGAUCGUUUGUUCUCUUAUGAAA